AUGACAAGAGAAACAGCUAAAAAGACGAGGUGGCACAAGGAGGGAAAUGGUGUCUUGCGACAUCCAUCUGACUCAAUAACAUGGAAAUCCUUUGAUGCACGACAUCCCACCUUUUCAGCUGAGUUAAAAAUUGUUCGAUUAGGUUUAGCGAGUGACGGGUUCCAACGUUAUGGGAACAUGAGUUCUAAUCAUAGCAUUUGGACAGUCGUACUAGCUACGUAUAACUUGCCACCAUGGGAUUGCAUGAAAAAUCCAUAUUUCAUGAUGACGCUUCUUAUUCCGGGCCCCAAGUGUCCAGGCAAUGAUAUCGAUGUUGUAAGUGAGAGGAAUAAAAGAAAUAGAGAAAAACAAAUAAUUAAGCAUACUUGUGGUACAAAGUCUUUUGCAGAAGUAGAGGAAUCUACGAGAAAUCCUAUUACUGGAGAAUUGGACACACCAGAUAAAGUUUGGGAGAUCCAACAUACACGCAAGGAUGAUAGAGGCGAACUGGUGUGGUUGGAUUCACAAUCCCAACAAAUUCAUGGUCAACUCCAGGAAGUUGUCACUCAGCAACAAUCUGAGGAUAUCGAGCAUCCCAUGACUAGAGAUGAGAUUUUAUCCUCCGUUGUUGGUGAGAGAACAGGCUAUGUUCGUGGAAAAGGAUACGGAAAGAAGCCUCCUAAAAAGAGUAACAUUCAGCAGGCAAACAUAGAGGCCAGCGUGUCUUCUGCUAUUGAUAUUGUGCGUCAAGAGAUGCAAGCCGAGAUGGAUAGGAAGUUGCAAGAAGAACGUGAACAAAUGGCUGCUGAGUUGCGAAGAAAUAUGGAAAUUGAGUUGGAAAGGAAGUUGGCAGAGGAGCGUCAACACGCAAAUGAGGAGCGUCAACACGCAAAUGCAGAAACAGACAAGAGGAUCUCUCUAGAAGUGGAGAAGAAGAUGCAUGAACAAUUUGCUAGUUUCUUGACCAGAAUGCAACAACAAAGGGGUUUAGUAACCACCAGGCAUUGUGGUGUUCUCUAUGGUGGUAACCUUCUGAUUUUGCUGUUGGACUACCUUGGCUUCACAUUGAUUGUUGUCCUUUUGAGGUUGCCACUGAACUUUCUUUUUGGAUCUGGUGUUCUUCUGUUAACUUGUUGA